AUGACUUUCGACGAGGUGCCAUUACGUGAAUCAGCGGGUUCUUCCAAUAGUUCCAGUCAAUUGAAUGUCUCGACCACCGACACCCAAUCAGAAAGCAGUUCAUCGGGGCCUCCGGCGAUCUCUCCGAAGCCCAGACGACAGAGAUUGGGGAGGAUUCCGGACAUGCAGCUUGGGCGUGAGUUGUCAUUUUGAAAAAAAAGUUUUUUUUUGUAAAUUCACACUGCUGUUUUGAAAAUUUUUUUUUUUUUUCACUGUGCUUUUAUUUUUUUGAUUGCUAAGCCUGAUAUAAAUAAUAGAAGCGAAAUAAAAUUCACACAAUUUCUUUUCAGGCUGUCCAUGGGUCCGAGUGUACGACAAUGUGACUUAUAUUGUAGUGGGCAUGGUAUUCCGAGAACACGAAGGCCACACACAGAUGCUGCUCAUUCAGGAAGCCAAAAAGAAGUGCCGAGGGAAAUGGUACAUGCCCGCAGGGCAUGUCGAACCGGGAGAAACGAUUGAGGUGAGCGCUCGGAAACUUUGACAAUGUAAAAAAUUGCGGGUUUCUAAAAAAAUGCAAUGAAAAUAGUGAAAUAUGAGGGAUAGAUGAGUCUUUUUUGAUCACCAAAACAAAAAAUGUGCAAGAAAAUGUUCCUGGUCAACUCUCCCCAGUUUCCAUUGACUAUCAGCCAGAAUUAUACUGAUAAUCCCUGUAAACCAAAUCAAAAUAAAUCUUAGCAACUCUAACCCCCAAAAAAUGUUAUUUUUUCAGCAAGCAGUCCAACGCGAAGUCAAGGAAGAGACGGGUUUUGAAUCUCGGGUUGAGGCCUUACUAUCAGUCGAGGUCAAGGGAUCGGGCUGGUAUCGGAUGGCUUAUUGGUGCGAAAUCACGGGAGGAGAACUCAAAACAGUGCCUGACGUUGAGAGCUUGUCUGCGGGAUGGUUCAAUAUCGAUGAUAUUAGGAACGGAAAGGUGGAUUUGCGAGGAAAUGAUUUCUUUCGGAUAGUCAGCGAAGCCGAAAGGUAUUACAGAUGGAAGAGAGAAAAUGUUGGCACGUAUUUUGAGCCCAUCUUGAAUGUAAAUCAAGUCCAGCCGGGGUUGUUUAUCGAGUUUGUAAUCGUCAAACAAGGGAGUUUAAGGCAAGUUGGAUAUAAAUUAUUUUACGAAAAUUUGACAUCGUUUCUGAAUGAUCCUGUUUUUUUCAGCGACCGAACGGAAGUCCUUGUACAUACAACAGUUGAAUCAGAAGAGCAACUUCUUGAUCCGAAACAUGAAGCCUUCCCAUUGGUCGAGUUUGGAUUUGAAUAUUUCUUUCCAGUAGUGGUCUCCAAAUGCUAUAGAGUAAGUUUAGACAUGUUUUGAAUGAGUUUGCUCGCACCUAAGUAGGAGAAUUUGGUGAUUUAAAAAUUUUGGCGGUCGUCAAUGACGUUAUAAUUUAUGUCGAACCACACAAUCGCUCUUUUUGGCGGAGCUAGUGCGGAUUUUCACCGACAAAGAUUAUAUAGUUCAUUUUUUUAAAAUUCACCAAUUUACCAUAUGAUGUAUCAAUCUUAUCUUUUUUUUAUUUCGUUUCUUCUUCCAGCAUCUCCUUGGUGAUGGCCAGAACGUUGUCGAAGCUCCCUGCGCCGUCCUCGGCACUUGGUGCUGGCCAGAAUCCAUGGACAGCAUCCAUCACGGCCUCAAGUUGCGCCUUCUCUGCAUGCACAAGAAAUCAGCCAAGAAUACGGUCAUCUACGACGAACGGAGAUACCAUUGGCUGGAGAUUAAGGAUUCCAAAUUGAAAGGUUCCCUUGGGCUGGACCCCAGAUUAUUCCGAGUGCCAUUGUUUAUGUUGUAA